UUAAUGGCUUAUUGACGUGGGUCUCUGAAUUCCCCACAUCAAUUGACAAUUGUAGUUCGUCCAUGAUCGCUUGCUACAUGAUCACUCCCUCAACUCGGUUCGAGCCCCUCCUGAUAUCGACAGAAGAGGAUCCACAGAGACUUGCUCUUCCCCUAAACCAAAAAAUUCAGGCUUCAGCUGCAAACCCAACUGAAAACUCAAACCCACCCGCCCAACCAACCCAAACCCGUUUGAUCUGAGAUCCACCCAAGUCCAGAGGACCCAGAAGGCUUCCUCAGAGAAACAACCGCCUACCCAUCAGCUGCUUCUGUAUCAACGCCUCCUUCAGCUGUCUCUACUGGUUCUCUGCUGAUGGCAAAGAAAAGGCAAAGACAGCUGGUGGUUGCCCUGCACAAGAAUAAUACUCCCAGUGGUCUAAUUGAGUCUUCAAACUCCGAUAAUGAUCUUGAUCUGCAAGAUAGUUGGGUGAUAGUUAAAAAGCAGAGAGUCAAAAUUCUGAUACCUCCGCUGCCUGUUGCUAAUAAAUCUCCACCGCCAAACCCAGGACCAAUUCAGCUGCAACCUGUGGCCACAGAAGUGGCAGGCGAUGGAUCGCAAUUACCUGUUGAGACGUGUCCCAAAACGGCUUCAAUUCAUGAGCGAAAGAAGAUUGAAUAUCUUGCUCCUAAAAGGGGUAUUCAACUUACUAGAAAACGUCCUCCUGCUAAACACAAUUUGACAUUUUCCAAGUCAUUUGGGCGAGAUUUAAGAAUGGAAUUACGAAAUCAAGAUCAAAUAGUUUCUUCUCAGUGUCAUAGAACUCUGGGAGUAUCCAAAACCUCAAAAGCUAUCUUGCAGCCAAGGCGAUCACAUGGACCGUGUAUUUUCCUUGAUCAGGGAAUGUUGCUGAACCAAAGGCUAAGAGCUCUGAAUCUUGAGAGGAAGCUUCAGAAAGCUGGCGGGUUAAGCCGGUGGCUAGCGUCACUAGGACUGGGGCAGUUUGUUAGGAUUUUCCAGAGGAAGGGUCUCACUAAAUUUCAGUUAGUUAAUCUGACCAUGAAGAAGCUCAAAGAUAUGGGUGCAAAUGCAGUAGGGCCUAGGAGGAAGCUCAUGCAUGCAAUCGACUGCUUCUGCCAGCCAUGCUUUUAUUAAAGCAAAUACAAGCAGAGAAACAAACAAACCCAAGUCGGGCAUCCUUAACCAGUAUAUGUAUCAUGGAAAUUAAUUGUGUGAGAGAGAAGAAGAAAGUGGCUCUAAAUGCAGUGAGGUAUGUGGUUUCAUUUUGGAUGUGUACAGAAUUUGGAUUGGUAUAGUUUAUGGAAAGAAAAUGUCUACAAAUGCAUCAGGCUACUGGGUA